UGUGGGUACGUGUGGUGUGUACGAAGCUGUGUAAGUGUGUGCAUGUGUGUGUGUGUACGCGUUUGUGUGCGACUUGCGAUUGUAUAAAGAGAAGCAGGUGUUUUGUCGCAGUGGCGUGGGUGUUGUAUUGCAAAAGAGACUGAGAGUGACAACGUAUGCUUUGCCUCGCUCGUCCUCCAGUGUGCUAUGGCGGAAACAAUACGUAUAGUGAAAGUGAAGCGCACUGUACUGUGUAAUCCCGGCGCUCCUGCUUCGGUGAUGUACUUACUCAAGAGACUAUUAUUCCGUGAUCUUUCCUCUAUGUGAAUACCAUCUCUCGCGUAUGGAUUAGUUUUGUUAAUUACAUCGAUACGCGGCGGAAAAAACGAAGCGAUUUUCAACACUGAAGAAAAGUUGAAAAGCGAAAAUUAGUUCUUUCACAAUAGCUUGUCUUGCUCCCGGGAACGGACUUGGUAGCAAUACACAAGCGAAAAAAAAAACUGCAGGAAGCUUAUUGCACAAGAGAGCGGCUUGCAAUUGAAACUAAGGAUGUGGGGGGUAGGCGUGAACAGCGCUGCCCCAAGAAGCCAAGACACACUCACUCUUGUCCAUGUUUCCAGCACAGCCCGAGGACUGGACCAAGCCGUCGCGCACGAGGGACCCGACGGGCACUAACCUGGAGCGCCCCGCCCCUCCCACCCCCGCGCCCACCGCUCCCUCCCCGCGGCCCCCUCCGCUGCCCAGCCCCGCCACCACCUCCGCCGCAACUACCACCCUUACGUCUCCUCCUCCGCCUCCGCCUCCGCCAUCGCCAGCCCCGCCCGACCCCGCGUGCCCGUGUGCAAGGAGCCGUCCGCGGUCAAGGUUUGCGUGGACCUCGACACCACCCAAUGGUACAAGCCUCCCCGGCCUCCCAAGGACAAGGUUCGACGGAUGAAGGCCUCGCAAGCUGACGAAACCACGCCGCUGCUCUGGUCCCCUUCCAAGGACGCGCCGGGGGAGCCCUUGUGGAGACGCUCCUACACUGAUUCUGAAGAUCGCGGUAGCACCACAAGCUCCACGCGCAUGCGUAUUAAGGGCGACCGUGACAAGAUGACGAUGAGGAGUGAGGCGCUGAGAUAUUGGCGCUCCAUACAUAACAAGUACUCGCUCCUCAAUGGGUUCACUCGACAACGACGCAACGCAAUGGUGAAGAAGCAGCGCCAGAGGAUUAAGGACAGGAACAAUAUGUCCAUCGUGUUCGUCCUUGUGUUCUUGCUGGUGUUCUUGGUGAUCCUCAUCGCCGAGGUGUUCUUCAUCGACGAGCACCGGUCGGGGAUGCUCUUCAUGGGCAAGCGCCCGCAGGACUUCGACUCCAUGGGCGACAUCCCCGACUACUUCAUGGACGACAAGAAACUCGUGGGGCAGCUGGAGAUCGACACGUACAGGCGGCAGGAGCUGUCCGUGAAGGGCAAGACGGGCAACGAGGAGCGCUUCUUCAGGAAGAACGUGGACGAGACGCACCUCAUGGCCAGGGUGACGGGGAACCUGGUCAAGUCCGUCCACGGCAUCGCCAAGGUGGACUGGCUGAACAUGCUGGGGCUGAAGGAGGUGGACUACUUCGGCAACAACAGCACGGCGACGGACGGCCAGUGGGAGCCGGUCUACCACACCAAGCACAAGUUCUUCGUCUACUCGGCCUACUACGACGACCGCAAGGGCAGGAUCAUCAGGGUCAUCGGGGCCACGCAGACCAAGAAGAGCGACCGCGUCUGGUGCAAGUACUGGUACUCCAACUCCAGCACGCUCAUCGUCAACGGCGCCAUCAAGAUCAUCCGCGAGAACUGGAACCUGAAGUUCUCGGCGUGCUUCAUCGCGUGCCCGCUCACCAUCUACAAGAACGGGAAGCAGCCGAUCCCGCCGCCCGAGAGCGUGUCGGUCAUGGCCGACCCCGGCGGCAACGCCACCAACAAGCUGCGCGUCAUGAACCUCGACGUCAACAAGGAGGCGGUGCGCGACAGCUUCGCCGUGUGCGUGAAGCCUCUGCACUUCGACUACAACAACGUGAAUCAGAUGAUCGAGUUCAUCGAGCUCAACAAGAUCCUCGGCGUGGAGCACUUCACGCUGUACAACCACACCAUCGGCAAGGAGGUGGACUGCAUCCUCAAGUCGUACGCGGACCAGGGCGUCAUCAACAUCCUGCCUUGGAAACUCGACAUGAAGUCUCAAAAGGAGAUCCGGACGGAGGGGCUCUUCGCCGCCCUCAACGACUGCCUCUAUCGCUACAUGUACCAGUACAAGUACAUUCUGAUGAUCGACCUGGACGAGUACAUUGUGCCCCACACCAACACGAGUCUGCCGGAGCUGAUGCGGUACCUGCACACCAAGGCCGACGCGAGAAAGAUCGGCGCCAUUAGCUUCCAGAACUCCUUCUUCUACCUGCAGUGGCCGGAUGACCCGAACAGCGCGUCUCUGCCUCCUCUCGUGACGCUCCGGAAGACCCGCCGGCGCCAGAGGUUCCACCCGCACAAGCAGAGGUCGAAGUACAUCGCCGUCCAGCCCUUCGUCGUGGAAGCCGGAAACCACUUCGUCUGGGAAUUCCUCCCCGGGAAAGGCACGCUCAACGUCCCCAACGAGGUGGCCUUCCUGCACCACUACCGCGUCUGCGAGUUCGGCGGCGACGACUGCGUCAGGAACCCCCGGACGACCGACGUCUCCAUGUAUCGCUACAAGGACCGGCUCGUCAAGUCCUACUCGACCAACAUGGCCCAGCUCGGGAGGCAGUGUGGCGUCGAGGCGUCCAGCAAGGAAAAGGCAUUAUGGACUCUGCAGUAAAGCAUUUAAGUCAUCGCUUAGUAAACAUUUUAUUACUGAAGCUCCGACAAAGCAAAUAUUUAAGCCAUGUCACAUUACGUUAAAUACAAUAUAACUUGCAAUGUUAUAAGUAA